UUCCACAUCCAGGCAAUUCAGUUGAUAUCCUAAAUCUAGAACGACACCAUCACUGACAUGUCAUACAUUACUCUGGAAUUCCUUCAGGAUCUUCUGAAGGAUGAAUAUCCUGAUGUUACCAUUCAGGAUUUUGAGGGAGCUCCAGGAUCAAAAAGAGGAGACAACUACACUUCAAUGGUUUAUAGAAUAACUUUGAAGGGCUCUCGCAAACAUUUGGACUCAGAUGGCACAACCGAGAUCAUUGAACCCUGGGAAGGAUCUAUUAUAUACAAAUGCUUACCAGAAAGCAUUUUACGCCGAGAAGCUUUCAAAAGUGACGAGUUAUUCUGCAAUGAAGUCGCUUUUUACACCAAGAUAUGGCCAGCUCUGUCCAAAUUUCAGAGUCAAUGGGAAAAGGUUACCCAUCCAUUCAGAUCUAUACCGAAAUGCUACUUGGCACAAAAUGAUUUGGUUAUAUUGAAAGAUUUGAAGACACUCGGGUUUGUGAUGCCGGAUAGGACGCAAGGCUUGAGCUUAGAACAGUGUUAUUUUGUUUUGAAGCAUUUGUCCCACUUCCACGCGCUUUCUUUGGCUAUGAAAUAUUACGACCCUGAAGGGUUCUACGAGCUACUGAAUAUACAAGAUGGAAUUUCUGAGGUCUUUUUCGUCGCUGAAAACGAAGACUACUAUCGAAGUUACUACAGCGAAGCAACUCGUAACGCGAUAGCUAUGGUGGAGGAAGAGCUGAAAGAAUCAAAGGAUAAGGAGAAAUAUUUGGGUCCUUUCAAACGGUUUUGCAAUGAGGAUACCUUCUUCCAGACCAUGGUUGAUAUGGUGACUCCAAAGGAACCAUUAGCAGUCAUAUGUCAUGGCGACUGUUGGACAAACAAUAUGCUGUUUAAAUUUGUAAAUGGCGAUAUUGCUGAGAUGUAUAUAGUAGAUUUUCAGUUGGCUCGCUACGCGUCACCAGCUUUGGAUCUUGCAUUUCUCAUCUAUCUUUGCUUGGAACGGCAACAGCGAGCUGAACACGCACCGGCCCUGUUAGAGUACUACGCGGAUGAGCUACACGCCAGAUUAAUGGAGAUGGGCGACGGAAAUAUAUUGGACAGAGAUACACUUUUUGACAUGCUGCAAGACGAGUUCAAGAGAAGCAGUCGCUUCGGUCUCGGCAUAGCUCUGGAUAUGUACCCCAUUAUGACGUGCGAUAGCAACGAAGCACCAAAUCUUUAUCAAGAAAAGGAGAGUGAAGUUGCUCCGUCUCAUGAUUGCGUCAAGCCCGUAUGGACAUCCAAUGCUGAUUGCAGGAAGAAGAUGACCGACUUAGUUAUUGAACUCGUUGAUGAAGGACUAAUAUAACUAUAUUAACGACAUAAUACUGUAUUUAAUUUAUA